AUGGGAUGUAUAUAAUCAAGAGAGGGUAAAUAUAGUAGAGAGAUUAUUUAUAAAAACACAUCAAUAAUAUUAGUGGAAGGAGUAAUUGAGGAAAUUAAUUCUUAAGCUAUUGUAAACAUCUCUAUAAAUCCGAUGGUAAGCAAGUUAAGAGAAUAAGUUUAUAAAUACAUUUAUAAUCAUGAUGAAACCUUUGAUUUUUUUGAAGAGAGAGAUAUAAUUUAAUUAGAGCAACUAAGGAACUCAGUUUUCAAAAGUACAGAAACACUAUUAAAUUUUUCAUUUGUAUCUGGUUAUGUAGCAACAAAUCUAAAUUAGAUAAGUGAGGAGGAUCUAUUGAAUACUUUUGAAUAGAUCCUUUAAUUUGCAGACAGAACUUCCAGCCUUUAUCAAAUAUGCUUUACUGAUUAUCUCAUUUAUGAAGUUGAUGGAAUUGACUACAAAUCUUAUGCCGAUUGCUUAGUAAAAUCUGUAUUCAAGUAAUUGUUUUAUGAUAAUAGGUUUUUAACUUUAAACUCUGAGAGAUAGAUUGUUUCUGUUAAGUUUUUGUGUAUGAAUGCUAAAAAUGUAAUAGUUUUACUACUAUUCUAGUUAAAUACAAUGCUUCAAAUGAUGAUGAAGUAUGAAAAUUAUAAAUUUUGA